AUGAGCUCCCCGAACAAGCCCGUGUACGUCCCGACGCACGUGCGAGACGCGUAUUUCCAAAAGCUGCGCUCGUCCGUGGCUAACAAAGGAUGUUUCGAUUGCAACAAGCGCCACCCGACGUGGGCCACGGUCACCUACGGCGUCUUUAUCUGUCUCGACUGCUCGGGGUAUCACCGUCGACUCGGCGUGCACCUGUCGUUCGUCCGGUCCAUUGACAUGGACGAAUGGACUGAAGACCAAUUAAAGAGCAUGUCGGAGGGUGGCAAUGCUGAGGCCUGCAAGUUCUUCCGACAACAUGGCGCAGCCGAGCUGACGAGUAUUGAGGCGAAAUACAACUCGAAAGCUGCUCAACUGUACAAGUCGGUGUUGGUGAAGAAGGUCAAGGCGGCGACGUUGCCGAUUGUUGCUCCAGUUGUGGAGGAAGAGAAACGUCGUGACGAUGGCGUGGAUGGUCUUGACGCAUUAGUGAAGCACGUGGAAAUCAAAAAGGAGAACGGAGCGACGACCGCUGUGAGCGGACACAUGAAGCGUGAGGUGACUGCUACUUCGGCGAUGAAGAAGCCAUUGCCGGCUGCACCUGUGGCGCGGCAGUCAGGUUUGCUGCAUGUCAAUCGCCCAGUUGUACUGCUGGGAGCGAAAAAAGGCGACGCGAUGACGUCUGCUGCAACGAACACUGGACAGCUGAAGUCGCGUAGCAAGCUUUCGACAGGAAGCAAGGCGACUCGCCUAGGAGCUACGAAAUUGUCGACGGGUGCAGGUGACUUUGACUUUGACGACAUCCCGUUUGAAAACCCGCCGCCACCUGCCCCCACUGCCGAAGAGCUAUCGGCAGAAAAGCAGAUUGAGGAUGACGAAGCACUCACACGGGCGUUACAGGAGGCAGAAGCUGACCGCUCAGCAGCCAGAGCUGCACCUCCGCCGAUUAUGCAUCAUCCUGAUGCAGGUGAAGCUCAGACGCUCGAUAAAUACAAGAACGCCAAGUCCAUUUCAUCGGACAACUUUUUCAGCGGCGAAGCGGUGCAAGCAGAUAGCUCGCAGCUGUUACGAUUCCAAGGCUCGCAGUCGAUUUCGAGCGAUGCUUUUUACGGAAACGACUCAAGAGGCCGAUCAACUUCCGGCGAGAUGACCGAUGAGGCAGCGUAUCAAUUGCAGCUGAUGAAGGACAGUAUGGCCAGCAAGGCGGCAAAGCUCAAGAACAUGACAAGCGGUUUUUUCAACGACCUGCAAUCGCGCUACUCGUAG